UUUUCACGUAAAAAAGAUCUCCAACAUGUCUGAAGAGAGCAACAAGCUGGACCCCGUCUCUGCAGUCGGAAUAGUGAGCUCACUCAGCAAAACCCCUGAGGGCUACUAUGUUGUUGCACAAACAACAGAUGGCUCCGACGCCGACCUGUGGAAGGACGGCUUAUUCAAAUCCAAGGUCACUCGCUACCUUUGCUUCUCCAGGAAAACUGAGCCUGAAGUUGUUGUGGAUAUGAAGCUGAUUGACAUCAAGGACCCGGUGCCAGAGUCCUUCACACCUGUGCAAGAAACAUUAGACAAAAAAGAAGCUGCCAUGAGGAAGAGGAGGCUGUGUGUGAAAAUGAGCACUCGUGAGGCUGCCGAGACAGCUGUAUGUGACAUCCAGAUCACCGCCAAAUCCAAGUACCAGCUUGUUAACUACACCUGUGUGGGAGAGAUAAACAAUAUGGGAUUAUGGUAUCGCAUGGGAGACGUUCCUCGGAGUCAGUCAUCUCACCAAACCAGGAGCGCUCCAAAAACCGACGCCCUGUACAGCGCAACAAGGAUUGCCAUCAGCAGGCCACAGUAUCAGCAGCAGAACACUGGCAUCUACACUAUGACAGCUCUCGAUGAUGUGCCAUUUAUGGUGUCGGAGAAGUUUCAUGCAAAACCUCAACAGAUGCAGCAAGUCAAUUUAAUGGGCAUUACGAUCAAAUCCCUGGCAGAGAUCGAGGAGGAAGUGAGUAGAGGCUGCAACGCUCGACUGCCGCCGCCGCUGCCGCCGCUGGCCCAGAAUGCAAAGCAAACGGUCUUGGGUUGUAAUUAAGUGUCUGAGACAGUGAGGCCCUGUUGGCUCCACUAAGCCCCAAUUGAAUAAAAGCAUGGCCAUGCUAGGCAGCCUUUCUCUCCUAAAAGUGUUGCCUCCUGUUCCAAGAACUGUUGACUUUUAUCCCCUUAUUCUUGCCUCCAACAACUCAAUCAUGCAUCUGACACAGCGCUGUAGUUUGGGUUGUUAAAAACUUGUUUCUCUUAAAAUGUUACAAGAUGGUAAUAAUUCUCUGGACCUCUUCUUAUAGUUUAAGUCAUUUUUAGUUGAUCCAGGAGGACUGGAUCGAUACCGAGGAAAACUUCUACCACCUUUGACUUGUCUAGUAUACCGGAUGGGCAAAAUAAUAUUUGCUGAAUUCUAAAUAUGAUUUUUUUUUUUGUCUGGAUGAUACAGAACAAUAAAUACUUUAUCGUAAAUGGAAAACAAUUUCAAUAUUAUUUCAAUCAAUAAUCCAUCAGCUUUCUCGCCAUCUUACCUUUGAUUUCAAUAGAGAAAUUAGAGUAGAUCUGCACAACGAUUGAAAUUUGGAUUGUGACCUUAUUACAUCCAAACAGUUUCUUUGAUCUUUAGCAUCUUGGACCCCAUCAUAAGUGUGGGAUGUGGACAUAUACUGCACUAAGAUGCUAAAUAUAUCAAUAGCAUGGAAAGCGUUUAUUCAUGGCAGCUGGAAAUGACAACCUAUAAAUAUUACACUCCCAACAGUCUUGUGCACACAGAUAAGGUGAUAAUGAUAUUCAGUAAUUUGAAGCCUCUUUUGAAAGUCUGUUUAUUCAUUUUGCUAUUCGCUCUCGAUUUAGCAUGAGGCGAUACCAUCGCACACAAGGGUGCUAUUUCAGCUAACCAAACAACAACAGUCCUUCGAAAUACAAAACUUUUCAUAGUAGAGGGGACAUAAUCAUUGUAAAAUGAUCAGGUUAUUAACAGUCAUUUAUAUUUUCUCCAUCUAAAUGUGGCCCAUCUCUGGUUUAGUCAGUCAUCAAGUUUUUUUUGUGUGUGUGUGUGUUUUAUGCAGGAAGAUUAUUGGUGACACACUGACUUCAACUUUGAAUACUUGUGUAAAUAAUCGUUGCCUUUUCCGUAAAUAAUCACCCAAAGCGACUGAAGUUUAGCUGUUAGCGUCAGCAAGAGGAAUAGGCUAAGACACCAAGAAAGUUAUUUAGUGCAGUUAAGAUAACAGGUGCUUACGAUAUUUCAACACCACCUGGCUUUAAAAUCCCAAGCUCACCUUUUUGAAGAGCUUUUAGUUUCAGAUUUGGCAUGUUAAACUUUUUAAUCUUUCAGUCAGCCCCACCGUCGAGAAGAAAGUGACAUUGUGCCGAAGAGCAAAUAGAAAAGAACUACAAAAGUUCUCCCCAUUUCUGAUGAAACACUGUAGCCUACAGGCAUCUGUAGGAAGGAAAUCAUCUGUGCGCAGCUCUUUCCCUUUACAGCUCAAGUGUUUGUGAAAGCGAGAGACAGAAAGAGUGCGCAUGUCUUUGUGCGUUUCGGUGUGUGUCUGUGCGUGCGUGCGCGGGUGUGUGCUCUAAAGAGAGUGACAACCCCCCUUCUCUCUCAUUAGCACGGUAUCUUGGUAUCAGAACUGCCAGGAAGUGACAGACCACUGUAAAAGAACAGGUGCUGUUGGGUUUGAGAUGUGUUACAGAGCAAACACUCCCUCAUCAAACCGGGUGUCUGUUCUGCACUCUGCCUCUGUCUUCUGUCACACACUAUCCAAAUCACACAGAGUCGCCAUCUUGUCAUAUGGUCAUCUGAAUGAAGCUCAUUGCCGGCGCAGGUAUUAACGCCAUCUACAUGUGCAUGUGUGUGUGUCCAGGCUGGAGACAGGCUGACUACUCAUCCUAUAUAUUCUUGUCUUUUAUUCCUUCUUCCUCCGCUCUUGCUUCCUCUCCACCUCCUCCUCCUCCAGCUCCUCCACCCUCCUUUUCUUCUCCGGGAGCGUGAUUAGCAGGAGGACACAUGGUGAGCUGAGCUGGGGAAGAGAAGGGAAGGGCAUGAGAAAUCAUUAAUUACAGCCGCGCUGGAGCUGAUGAAGUAAAUGUGAGAUAGUGUAACACACAGGAUUUAGUGAAGUGGACGACAGCACAAGAUUAAUGGCGGGGCCAGGCUGAUGAGGAUAAGUCACAGCUUAGCUUGAUAAUUAGUUUCCAAGUGGAAACAUCCCUCACCAUUGUGUUAUUUUUACUUCUCUCCUCUUAUUAUUAUAGCCCGAUGAGAUGUGCGGCACAAGCAGGGGGAAAGUGGAGUCAGUGAUGUACCUGCGAGGACCAAACCCUUCGCCUCUUGUUUUCUUUGUUGCACUUUUAGUGCAAUUUCUAAGAUUAUUUUUUUGUUUUCUUUUCUCAGAUGCAACUGCUGCUUUCCAGUUGCAAAUAUCUUCUUCCUCUACUGUCCAGGAGAGGUCACUCUCACUUGUCCUCCGCUAUUCCUCUUUCUCAAAGCCUAAAAGCGCUCCUUCUAAUUGCCUUCUCCUCUCAAAAUCUUUCAAAAAAAUAAAAAAUAAACACACACACACACACAGAAGGAGAAGAAAGAGAUGUACCUUCUCAAAUUCUCCACAUGCACGUGUAAUUGAGGUAAACUGUUGUAAUCAGAGCCACAGUUGUAGAUAAGACCAUUCCCUAACAGGCAUCACUUAAGCCAUGUCUCAGACGAUGUUGGUUCCAGCAAUUAGGCAUUCUUUUCAUUUCCCAAAUGACUCGCAAAAAACUUGCGGAUAUUAUAAUUGCUUUUAGCCACGCAUAUCUAAUUUGUGUCUUUUUAAGUGUUAAUUAGUAAGCGAAUUAAAGUGACAUCUUUAUGUAGUUUGCUCUGCUGAAAAAUGUUGUUGGUGGCUGCUUAAUGAUUUUUAGAGCGAGUAUAGCAGAGUGGAAAGAAGUGUGUGUGCACACAUGACGGGGUUUUCAUUAGCACCUAUGUAUGAUCACUUUUUAGUGCUUGUGGGGAGUUCUCUGCGUGCGUGUGUAUUUGGGUGUGAAUGAAUGGAAGGACAGUAGUGUACAGGGGUUUGUGAGAGGGAGAGAGCUCCAAAUAGAGGUGGAAUUAAUGAAGACAACAUGUCACAUAUUUUUGGCAGUGGAGCAGGGACAGGAAAUGAAGCUCGGCUCGUCUGGGUGACUGCCGCCCAUGUUCGAGUGUGUCACUGUCCUGUCAGGCUGUGUGUAAAACUGGCAGACAUUGAUACAUGCUCUCCCUGAUAACACCCCAUUCCUCCAUCCAUCAUCCACACACACACAUACACACACACAAAGACGCGCGCGCGCGAGCACGCAGCCACACACCCACGCACACCCGCGUACGCACACUGGUAUAUUUAUUUACUGUGCCAGAUGUUGAGACUGAUUUGUGUGUGAGUGGAGGGAGCUGAAUUCUUUCACAAAUAAUAGGCUUCUGAUAUGUGACAGGUUUGGGUAACUCGCAGCUUCACCACCAAGAAGUAGAUGAAGGUGGGUCGUCGCCUCCUUCUCCCUCCCGCGUUCCCCUCACUGCCCCAUCGAUAGCGCACAGUUUCAAAAUUUCAGUUAUUGGAGCUUGCUUUCUUUGAGUUGAACUGUGGAAAACUUCUUCCAGUGAUCACGCAGCAUCACCUAGUGCUCCGUAGCAGUAAUGCGACUGCUGGACUUCAGUCUUUAAAUUCACAAGAGGACGAUUCCUGCUUUUGUGUCGCUCUGAAAUGGAUUUUUAUAUCAUCUAUCACAACAGUACUGUUUUCAGUCCAAUUGUUAAAAAAAAAUGAAAAUAAAAAUCAAUGUUUUUGCCUGGGAAGCUUUUAAUUAUGUCAUAAUGAACGCGUCCUUCACACUAGUGGAAUAGAUUAAGUUUUGUAAUCAGAAAUUUGUAAUUUGUAAAAUUUUGUAACCAUUGCAAUGUCAUGCUUUAUGGUUUAACUCAGUCAUUUUGGUGAUUUGAUGUUUUGUGAGAAAUAGAAGACUGAGAAGAAUUAGACUGAUGAUUGAACUUUAUGCAAAAAUAAUGAAUCAUUUUAACUCUUUCCAAACAUAAUUUGGCAGCUGCAUAUUUUGAUAGAAACACAAAAUUGAAACAUAUGUAAUUGUUCUGGUCCCAAACACUUGAGGAUAAAUUUAGAUUAUUUUUCAUUAAAAUAAUAAAUAUAAAAAUAUAAAUAAUAAAACGCAAAAUAGCCAAGAGACGCUACUUCAAAAACCGAACAUGUAAGACAAGUAUAAUAUACAAAAUGAUUUCUGAUGAGGAUUUUUUUUUUUAAAUGACAACGACAAGACUGAAGUGUGAAGUUUUUUUGGCUGUUAUUAAUUUAAAUGUGAAAAAUAGAAUAGCAAACCAAAAUAAAUAAAUAAAUUACAUUAUUUCUCAACAAAAAAUCUACUUCUGCUUAUAUUUAAUGGUUUGCAUUUUAACGUUAAAAUCAAUCACAUUUUUUUUUUGCGUCUUGCUUUUUACUGCUGUUUUCUGGCGAGAAACCUCUCUCAUUCCUUGGCUUUGACUCUUUCCCAGAACUCAAGUGUUUUAACUUUUCUAUUCAAUUUGUGUCAAAAAGUAUUUAAAUGAAAUCCCAGGACAUCGUUGAGCAACAUAUCAAACAAAUAAAAUUAAAAAAAAAGAUGCAAACAGCAAUAACGAAAAACAUUUUUUUAAAACCCCAAAACAAAUGAAUUGAUGCCAACUUCUAAUAUUGACUGUCUUGUUGAUGUUCCACCACAAGGGGGCAGUAUUUCUUUACAUUCUCCAUAAAUUCUUUCUCUCUUUGUCUGCUGCUGUGUGCUUUAAGCUUCUGUUUGGAUGGUGGACCCGAUUAGAUUAGUCAUUUUUAAUCAGAAGCAGAAUGGCUUUAGUCACAAUCCAGUUAAACUGGGACAAAAAUGUGUAAUUAAUUGUGUUUCUUUGUGUCGAUGCUCAACACACCUCAGUGCUAUUUUUGUUCUGUUUUUGGCUCAAUUUUCACUUCUCAGAUUGUAAAUCCAUCUUUUUCUUCUUGUUGCAGUUCCACUACAACUUCGGCACAGAACUGAGUAUUGUUCCUUAACCCCUCGCCCGGCUCUCCCUCCGAGAAUCGCAACAAGAACAGUUAAAUGGAUAAGAAGGAUCAUUUAUGAGUUAAACAGGAAUGUUGGCUUAUUUUUCAUUUUAUUUAAUUUAUUUAAUUUCUAUGCAUUUUUCCAAGAUAACUCUCGCAAACUUUUUGAUAGUUCGUUUUUUUUUUUUCUUUUAAUCUGGGUUUCUCAAAUAGCAGCACAGGAUGAGAUCAAAACUUUCGUAUGUGCCAAAAAUAGAACUAAUUCACAUUCCCAAAUGGAAUAUUUGUUGAAUCUACGUUAGCUGUGACUCACGUUUCGCUCAUCAGGGUUGCACAUCGUUGCAGACGCUUCGGGAGGAUGAAGGAGAACGCACAAACAGGUCCAUCUGAUGCUCAUUUGCCAGAAGAUGCAUCUUUCUGUCAGGAAGUUGAUCAUGAGCAGCACACGGCACGAAUGAGCGGAGCCUUGAGACGUGGAGCGUUUACCCCAGACACCCACACACACGUCAACAGUGGCUCCUUUACUGACUCAGCUCUUUUAAAAGCACCACUAUAGUAAGUUUUAGUGGUGGAGAAUAUUCAUCCAGUUUGCUGCAUAUCCUGAGGAAAUACUAGAACUUGGACUUCAUUGACCUGAAUCAUUCUGGCAAUUAAUUUGCACAGGAAUAUUUUGCACAAUUUUCCUGUGAAAAAUUCACAAUGGCUUAGAAAGUUUUUUUUGUUGUUGUUGAUGUUUUGUUUUUUGUUUUUAAAUAUGGAAAAAAAACGUUGUA